AUGUGCCUGCAGGCGGGAGUGCCCCCCUCCUUGAGGGCAGCUGCGCCCCACGCCUCCCAGCCUCCUGGACGACGGUCUCUGCCCUCCGCCUACCUGUCCCACCUUUGGCUUUCAUCCACCCCCCGACCCGCCCUGCCCCUGCCCCAGGUCCUGGCUGGCACCCCCUCGUUCCCGGGACGCCUCACAGCGGGGACUUCCUCCUCCGUGCCUCCGGGGUUCCGACUGCACACCCCGUCGCUGGCAUCUCCGGUUUGGAAAACUGUACCGGCUUCAGUGACACGUGAUUCACACGCCACACAAAGGACACGCACCCGCCCUCUCCGGACACGUCAGGCACAUGGAGCCCUACAAGGUGUGGCACCUGUCGGCGCUCUGUCGCCUUUCACGGCUGCACAGGGGGUCCACCGCACGGACACGCGACGCUUGGUUCAUCCAGUCACCGUCAAGGAGCAUUUGGGAGCGCACUCCCGGGAGCAGAAUUGCCGGGGCUCGCGGACCGACCUCCGGAGGAGCCGCCAGCCCGUCUUCCCGGGUGACCGCAGUGCCCUCCGCCCCCGCCAGCAGCGCCCCGGGCUCCCGCCCUCUGCCUCCUUGCCAACCCUUGCUACUUUUCCGUCUCCUAAAAAUGCAUUAAAAGUCACCCUAAUAUAUGUGAAGGGCAUCUCUUUGUGGUUUCGAUUUGCAUUUCCCUGACGGCUCAUGAUGUUCGUGUGCUUUUCGGCCAUUUGUAUGUUUUCCUUGGAGAAAUGUCUGUUCAGAUCCUUUGCCCGUCCUUAAAUUGGGGGGGGCCUUUUGAAAUUAUGGAGUCGCAGGAGUUACCUGUAUGUUCUGGAGAAAAGUCCCUUAUCGAAUAUAUGAUUUGUGAGCAGUUCUCUCCCAUUCUAUGGGUUGAAUUUUAACCGGUGUCCUUGAGGCACAAAAGUCUAAUUUUGAUAAAGCCCAAUUUGUCCGUUU